GUUCAGUUUCGAACCCUUGUGCUAAGUGUUCUAUUUCCGAGUACCAGAGAAAUCUUUCGCAGAUUAACGAGUAAAUCCGAGCAAAAAACGACUGGCAAUAAAUGCCUCCCGAUCUAUAGUGCAAAAAAAAAAAACAAACAACCCUUUUUAAUUGGCUUAACCUUGCUGAAAUUAAUAAAACAAAAACAUUCUGGGAUAUAUUUCGAUAUUUGCGAAAUAUUCCCAAUACAGCCAUUUGUCGCGGACUUUGAGUUUGGCCUUUGAAUGCUUUUGCAGCAGAACAAAAAUAUAAUCAAUCUCGAUCAGCAUUUCGCAGAGUGCUGGAACCGAAGCUCUCUUAAGAACUUCGACUUUUUCUCCUUUCUAAGCGUUAUUUCCUUCAGUGUAGCUAAGAUGGCCGCCAUUCCACAAGGUGCAUUCGCCGCCUGCAAGAUCCGUGAGCAAUUCAACGAGCGGGAGCUGAUUGUUGCCCGUCUGAGGUCCGCUGCUUUCGAUAAGAGUUCCGUUGACAACGGCAACGCUUCAACCCAGCGCGAAUACUCCCCAAACAAGUACAACGACAAGCUAAUGAACUCCAUCUGGGGAUUGUAUAAUCGCUAUUCCCCCCAUAAUGUGAAGAAGAACGAGUACGCCCCCACCAAGUGAAGACCUAAAGGUGGGCGCGAUGGCUUCCUCAAGGUCCAGCUGUCGUGCCCCCACUCUGCCAGCAUCCCCACCAGGAUGUUGGCCCAACAUAUAUACAUAUAUAUACUCCCAAAACUAUAAUCUCAUACACUUUAUAUAAUCUCAAGUAAUCAAUUAUUUCUGUAAUACUUAUGAUAUUAUAUUUAAAUGGAUACUAAAAUCGUAUACCAAUCCACUUCAAGUAACCAAUUAAAACACUUAAAAAACUUCA